CCCCAGCUCCUGCUUCCCCUCUGUCUCUGCAGACACAUCUGCUGCCAUGGUGAAUGAGAAGCACAAUGGCACCCUGCUUGUGCAGCUGGGGCCCAAACUGCAGGCCCACCCAGAGAAGCUGCUGCGGCAGCGGCGAGGCCACAACGAGCGGCCGGAAUACCUGGUCCGGUGGAGUGUUGUUAGCUCGGAAGAGAGAGCGGCGGGAGGCAGCAGUGCCUGCUCCGGAGAGAGCAAGGCAGAGCACAUCUCCCUGUGGAUGUCUGCAGAAGAGGUGUGCGCCAGCUGCCCGGCGCUGCUGGGCCAGAGGAGGCCAGAGGGGCCGAGAGAGGAGAAGGCUCCCGGUGCCUUGUCCGCGCUCAUCCCGCUGGACGAAGCCUCGCUGCUGGAGAUGAAGGCCGACGUCAGGAGCCUGGUGCAGCGAGCCGGGCGCCAGGUGGCCGAGGCCGGGACCCCCGAGUGCUCCAUCCUGAGCACGGUGCACGUGCUGGGCGCCUACGCCAGCAUCGGCUCCCUGGCGGGCGCCUUCAGGGAGGCGGGAGCCCUGGAGCUGCUGACGGCCAUGCUGUGCCACCGGGAGAAGCGGAUCCGCCGCGGUGCCGGCGAGAUGCUGCGCGCUCUGGGCGCUCAGGAUGCAGGAGUCUGGGCCCAUGUCCUGCUGUCCCUGAGCCAGCAGGAUGGCAUUGAGCAGCACAUGGACUUUGACAGUCGCUGCACCUUGCUGGAGCUGUUUGCUGAGAUCACGUCCUCUGCAGAGCACUGCAUGUCCUUCGAGGGGAUUCCCCUCCCGCAGAUCCCUGGGAAGCAGCUGUUUGUCCUGGUGAAGCGCUACCUGUGCGUGACUUCUCUCCUGGACAGGCUGAGCAGCGGCGUGGAGCAGGGAGAGGAGCAGCAGGGCUGUGCUGUGCCCGGGCCUGUCCCUGAGGAGAGGAGCCGUGUGAAGCAGGAGUUUGAGUUCAGCAUGGCCAUGGCAAACCUCAUCUCGGAGCUGGUGCACGUGAUGGGCUGGAGCCACAGGCACAAGGCAGAGCCGCUGCGCCAGCAGGACCUGCAGCCUCGCCCUGCCCGCUCCAUCUUCCAGCACAGGACCCCGGCCAGCACUGCUGCCGAAGCGGCCCCUGUGUCCCCAGCAAAGGAGCCCGUGACCUUCAAGACGCGCUCGGCCUUCCCGAGCCGCAGCAGCUACGUGGAGUACGUGCAGGCCACGCUGGUGAGCGGCAUGCGGGUGCGCAUGCUCGAGGACUACGAGCAGGUCAGCGCCGGCGACGAGGGCGACUUCCGCCGCAGCAACGACGGCAUGCCCCCGGUGCAGGUGUACUGGCAAGCUCUGGGCUGUACGUACUGGGUUCACUGGCACAUGGUCGAGAUCAUUGGCCCUUCAGAACAAAAGGAGCUUGAGGGCCAGGAGAAGGUGAACACCCUGACACGAAACCACAGACUGAGAGCAG